GCUCAAGGAGAAGAGGAGAGGCCAACCCAGAAAAGUCGGGCUGUCUUCUUUGCCUACCUGGUCUGCUUUGGGGGUCAAGUUUGUACAGACUUCCCAGGAUUUCUUCAGAAUAUUGAAAUGGCCUCUUUAAAAGGAACUAUGAUGGGUCGAAGCAUACCUGUUGAAAUUGAUGAAACUGGAACUUGGUCUCCAUUUCCAGAACACUCUUUGGAAGUCGGACUGAAAUCUUCUGAUGAAAAUACAGAGAACUUGGUGCCCAUAAACUUUUACCCAUUGCAAGUAUCUUGUCAUUCAGUGGCUGGGCAGUCACAUUUUUACAGGUUCCCUACCCAUGUAGACUGUCAUAAUGUUGUGCUAGAAGAGUGUGACUACGAUCUCCCAAAACAGUGCCAGGAUUCUGGAAGGGCGAUGCCCCCUGAUGCAUCCCGUGAAUCAGCAGCUUCAUCAGAAAUUCAUAUUUUAUCUAUAGACAAAACAAACAAGGUGUUAAGGUCUCAACCAUCAUCUGAGUCUCCUGAUGCUGGACACAAUUCUAGUAGUGCACACAGAGGUUCAUCUGACGUUUGUCAGAAUUCAUUUGGUGAAAGUCAAGAGACAGCAAAAUCAAGUCAGACCCAGGAUAAUAGACCGCCACUAGAUCUACCAACAGAAGAUGCAGGAUAUGACUCUCAGCCUCUGGAUGUAAUGGGCAUCAGGCAGCUAGAACCUCCAUUGCCACUUACAUCUGUGUAUAAUCUACAGGACUUUCCAAGACCAUUAAUGUCCAGAGACUUUCCACAGAUGGGCCAUCAGCCAUAUCCUGUGAUCCCACCAAUGCCUCAUCCUAAUGCUUCCCCACAAGCUCAGUGGCAUUCUAGAUACACUCCAGGUGACAUAUGCUGCCAGAAUCCAUAUGGGCAAACGCCGUACCAACACUUUGUACAUCACCCUCAAAAACAGCAUCCUGUUCCUGGCUCUUGCAUGAGAGGCAUUCAUCCUGCUUGGAAAAUAAUCCCAAAUUAUUCCAGUCCUUAUUCUCCCAAAUGCAAUGAAGAAAGACUUCCCCAAAGAGGAAUCUCUUCUUCAGAAGUUCACAGAUUACAUGGCCCGUUACAGAAUCAGCUACUUGAUGGAAGGGUAUCAUCCAAUGCAUAUGGUGCCUAUGAAGAUAUGAACGGGUACCCGCCUGAUUGCAUGGCUCAGGUUACUAAACCUCCAUACCCAGCCGUUGUCCCAAGACCUCCAAGUAAUUCUGCAGUCAGGGGAACACUGAGAACAAGUAACUUGCCAGAAGAAUUGCGUAAAGUCUUUAUAACCUAUUCUGUGGACACAGCUGUGGAGGUCAUGAAAUUUGUGAACUUUUUGUUCGUAAAUGGAUUUCAAACUGCAAUUGAUAUAUUUGAGGACACGGUUCGAGGUAUUGACAUAAUUAAAUGGAUGGAACGAUACCUGAGUGAUAAGACAGUGAUGAUAAUCAUAGCAAUCAGUCCAAAAUACAAACAGGAUGUAGAAGGGGCUGAAUCCCAGCUGGACAAGGAUGAACAUGGCUUACAUACUAAGUACAUCCACAGGAUGAUGCAGAUUGAGUUUAUACAGCAAGGAAGCAUGAAUUUUCGAUUCAUUCCUGUGCUUUUUCCAAAUGCAAAAAAGGAACAUGUACCAACCUGGCUUCAGAAUACUCACAUCUACAACUGGCCCGAAAAUAAAAAGAAUAUUCUGCUGCGGUUAUUGAGGGAAGAGGAAUAUGUUGCUCCUCCGAUAGGACCUUUGCCCACACUCCAGGUUGUGCCAUUAUGAACAUACAUUAAAGUACACAUGAAACAAUUGGUGUAUUGCUUUGAUGGCUGGCAGCCAGGAUUUUCCUGGCUUCCUUUUUUGAGUGAUGAAAAGCAUGUGCUUUCUUUCUCUCUCCCUCCCUCCCCACCCCUGCUAAUAGAAUUGUCCUGGGUAAUGCAAGCCCAUGUGUUUUCCCUUAUCCUGAAUGUUUCCUUCUGUGACUGAUCAGGCACGCUGCUUCCCUCUCUGUUUAAACAAACUGCAAAUGGAAAGAAUGUCCAGUCGUUUCUCUUCUGUUUCUAGCAAAUUGUUCUCCAAGUCUGCAGCAGAGCAAGCAAAUAUUGUUAACGAUGUUGCAAUAAGCAGAAAACUGCACUCUGUUGUUUGCUUUGAGUUCUUUUGUUGUCAGCCAGAUGUUCUUGCAUUCUAUAAUGAUCUCCAACAGUCACUUUAUGUUCACAAUAAAGUAUUUGCCUUUCAUGUUAGCUGCCAUCUUUAUCACAGUUGAGAAAUACAUGAGGGUUUAACAGUUUCUUUGUAGAUAAACUGAACUUCAAGGUUAAUGUUUGGCUGCGCACAUUUGUAAGCUUUCUCGUACUUGAAAUAGGCUUCUUACAGGUGCUGUUUGAAAGCAUGGCAUAGUAAUUUUAUACAGAAUCUAGACUGCAUCGGCAUACGAGUGCUCUAGUCGGGUAUCCUACCACUUAAUCCUUCUUAGGAUGGAAGUACACUAUAGUUGACCUGAGGCUGCUGCCAAAAGUGGCACCCCCAUACCAAAUUUCCCCUCGCAACCUGGGCUCUUUAAUUCUGUGAUGUGAUUGUAGCAUAUGGAAAGGGGCCAUGGCUCAGUGGUAGAACAUAUAGUUUGUGUGUAAGAAGUCCCAACACUUUAGAUUUCACAUGGAGAAGCAGGUGGCAAGCUUCCAGAAAGGUAUGUGUACCCUAUUAAUCCUUUAAAACUACUGUAAUGAUGUACCUUUGCUGACGGCUGUCAGCUUCCAACUGUGUAGGCUCCUUCUUUUUAGGCUAAGUCUGGCACCCUUUAAAUAAGAAAGCCAAGAUCUGUUACUGUACGGACAGCAAGAUAAACAAUGAAGGCUAGCCCAAAGAGCAGCUUAAUUGAAAAGGACCAUUGUUCAAGGUCUAGACUGCCUUAUCGCUGGUGAGCAGGGCUGUGAGGGUAAAGCAGAAUCCGGACUGUUAAUAAGAGGACUAUUACUAACCACAGCAAAGUUCAAAGGAAGACAGAGUUUGUAGCUGUGCAACAUACAGAUGAGACAGGCUGUUGAAGGGAAAGAUAAUUACUAUAAUUUAUCACAUAUCCACAUUAAUGAUGCUUGGGUGACUACCUGGUUUUAAAAGAAACAAAGCUAUAUAUCCUUGUACAACAAUUUUACCAUGGCAACAGACGGCAACUAACCUCUCUCAGCUUUCUAUCUUUGUGGUGAUGAAGCAAGUUUGUUUUAACAAUCGAUGAUAAAUAUUAAUGUACUCAAAUCCUGUGGGAUUACUGAAGAAGUAAUAUUCAUAUUGUCCUCCCUUCUCAUCAGGCAGCAUCUAUUUGUUUAUUCCAGGAUUGUUCUUUGUAGCAAGCAGCAGGCUGCCUUGGGCUCUAUUGUUCUGAUAUUAUUAAAAGGUCCAAACCACAGCAGAAGAAGACUCUUGCCUCAGAUACCUACAGAUGGUAUUGCUGUCCAUGUUGCUUGCUCACGGGGGUUGCCUUUAGGUGUAGGUAGAGAGGGCUGGAAAUUUCUCCCAGAUAUCAAUAAACUAUACACUGGUUCUGUACACUGAAUAGCUGGAACCAAAACCAGAAUUGUCCCCAUCUGCUGCUGUUGAAAGGUUCCCUUGACUUCAUUCAAUUAUAUUAGACAUUCAGUUAUAUUAGAAGAAAAUACAGAACACAUUUUUAAAUAUAAUGCAGAAUACUUAUACAAAAUGUAUGGUGAUAAAUAAUGGUUACUAUAUAAACAGACAAUGUAGGAGGUAACAAACUAGAUACAACAAAGAAGUAUAUGGAAU